CGCAAACGCGAGACCGACGUCGGGAAGUCGUGCCACACGUGCCAAGAACCCCACGCUUCAUUCCGUUGCACGGAAUGCUUCAAUGGCCCGCUCCUCUGUCGCAAGUGCGUCGUCGAAGCGCACACUUGGACACCUCUGCACCGCGUGGAACGAUGGACAGGAACGUUCUUCGAGCGUGCGCAACUCAGCGAUCUCGGCCUCGUCUUCUCUAUUGGACACCACGGGCGCCCGUGCCCCUCAUCAUCGCACAACCGUACGAGAAAACUCACGGUAGUACACACGACCGGCGUUCAAUCCAUGGUCGUCCAGUAUUGUGAAUGCAUCCACGACGGCAAGUUCCCCGAUGACCGACCUGUUCAACUAUGGAGUGCCGGUUUGUGGCCAGCU